AGAAGUGCAGAAGCAGAAGGAUUCGGACCUUGGUGGGGUUUGGUAGUUGGGAUAGGAUAGGGUGUGUAAGUUUUAGAGUUUGAUCGGUGUCCAGCUCCACAGAAUCAGGUAAAGCCCGCGUCACUUUGUUUCUUGAAUCAAUCGUAAAAUGUGGAAAUUUGUAUCACGUGGAAUUCGCGAGUCGUUGGAGCGACGGGCCAACUGUUGGACAAACUUAUACCCACACACGUCGCAAGAUGGUAGUGGUGGUGGUAAAAGUGAGGUUAUCAAAACUUCUAACGUACAUAAACAAGUUUCCAUCGAUCAUUCUAUCUCGCGAUACUUCAACAUCUGUCGCCGAUUCGGAGCGGCUGGACCUGACGGCGAUAAGAGCCGCGGGUACCGUUGGAAUCCAAAAUAUUCUUGGGUCGAGGCCGUCGAAUGGUCUGGACUCCUGGCAUUGGGCUUGGUGGUGUGCCAGUCGCUCUGUAUUCAUCGAAGACUUUUCGGUCUUGACCCCGAAUCUGUGUGGCGUAGGAGAAUAUCUCAGGCACACGACGUCGGUAUUUCCAAGUUGCUAAAUGGACUUCUGUGCUUUGAACCUCGCCACAUCUUGCCGAUAACUAAUUGCGUAGGAAAUCAUAGCAAGAGUACAGACAGUCAACAAAGCUCAGAUGACUCUAGUUGGACUUCACAAAAACCUUAUGGGCCAAUCACUAUUGAAGAGGCUCUUCGGGAUGCAGGGGAUGACUUCACAAGGAUCCAUCGAAUAGUGAUGGGGGAGUUUGAAUUCCAGAUGGGAAUGAAGGCGCUGGAAGAAAAGCGCCACAAAGAGGCUGUGAAACAUUUUUCUGCUGGUGCUAGCUUGGCGUCUUCAGCUAGCAUGUUUAAUCUGGCUGUAUGCCAUGAGAUGGGACUGGGUACUUCGGUCAACCAUAAAGAGGCUGCUAAACGAUAUCGAGCCGCUGCAGAAAAUGGGCACGCUGAUGCGAUGUACAACUUAGGAGUUUUCCACGCUCAGGGUAGAGGUGGGUUGAAAGUGAACAUGAAAAUGGCACGAGAGCUAUUUACAGAGGCUGCAAAACUGGGUCAACCUCAGGCUGAGCAUGCGUUGAGCUUGGAAAAAGCAAGUCAACAGAAAAUCCGUGAACAGGAAUUGACAAAUGAUUCUACAAGGUGUUUGCCGAUGGACAAAACUCAAAUGCACAUUAACAAGUCUAGCUAUUUGCCGGCGCAGCUGAUUGGCUUAUGAGAAGCAGAUUUAUUCCUUCGGCAUACACCUCUCAAUCAUUUGAUGAAGAACGUGGCUGCCUACGACUUGUUCAGAUCGGGAAUAUUGAGCAGGUCAGGUCACGGUUGUUCGGAAUUAGGUACGUUGCAAAAUGUUUUGGUAUUCUUCACAUAUGCAUUACCUAAGACUAUCGCGAAAACGUUAAACUGCGCUCUUGCGUGUCUAUACAAUGUAUAAAACUGGUAGGGAUAUGAAAAUGGAUAAUCGAGAUGAAUCUUCAAGGAAUCCUAUCCCUCUAUUCUAUGAUAAAGAUAUAGUAGAUAACUAUAUAUGACGUGCUUAAUAUCUAUCAAUCUGACGCCAUAGGUAUUAGGUGUACAAUAGAUUUGUAAGUUUUGCUGCUAAAAUCGUGAUGAAAAUCAGUGUAAAUAACUUUUCGAACCAUGUUUUUCAACGAGAUAAUUGUGAGAAGGAGUCUUUACCUGACUGAAUUAUAAUUAUGGUUACGUACUAGAUUUAUGUAAGGAAGUAUUUUCGUAUUUCGUUGUACAUACAAAUUCUGUGGCAAAGUAUAUGCUGGUUAAACGAAGUGUUUCAUUGCAAAGCCCGGAAAAGAAAGAUAUCUAAUAAUAAGUAGAGCGAGAGAGAGAAAAAAAACGAGUUUUGGAUCUCUAUACAAGUAUAUAAAAUAAUUUUAUUGUAUUACGUUUAAUUUUUUACAUUAUGUGUUGAAGAAUAAAACUUACAUUGUAGAAAUUGUAACUCUGGUCUUUAACGACA